UCGAUGUUGCCGUGACAAAUGCCGGUUGAGAUAAUUGCCGAUAUGUGUUCGUAACUAAUUUGGCAGUACAAUUUUUUUCUUAACAGAAUUUUGUAAGAUUUUUAUGUACACAAUUUUAUUACAUCUCGAAUACAUGUGAAACGUAAAUGUUCUGUGCUCCGAACAUGAAUUUGUGACAUAUUUCAACGAAAUUCAUCCAGACCAGAUUUUCAAGAUUUAAUAUAGAGGCAGGUCAAGGUUGCAUUCGCUUUCGAAUAGACUGACGCCUGUUUGGAGAACCUUUUCCUAUUAAGACAAUCUGAUAAAAACAAUUCAAUGGGCUUCUUACGGAUAAACGAUGUUUCACGAAGAAUAUUACGAGACGAGAUUACAUGUAUACGAUGCUCGAAUGCCUCAUAAUAAAUUUUGGUCUUUAAUCAGGAAGUGAAAUUUAAUUCAGCUGGCUUGAUUCAGGAUGGCUACUGAAGCUGAUCGCAGGAAGAAAAAAACCUAUAUCGAUCGGCUACACAAAUUAGCCUCGAGACGCAUGCCGAUCUUAGCAUGGUUACCGAAAUAUAACUCGGAAAAAUUCCUUAGCGAUAUUAUAGCCGGCAUAACAGUUGGUCUUACUGUUAUGCCACAGGGACUUGCAUAUGCAACUUUGGCUGGUUUGGAACCACAAUACGGUCUUUACUCAGCAUUUAUGGGUGCAAUAGUUUACGUGCUAUUUGGCUCCUGUAAAGAUAUUACAAUUGGUCCUACCGCACUCAUGGCAUUAAUGACUCACGACUAUGUGCAAGGGAAAAAUGCUGAUUUCGCCAUACUUCUCGCAUUCUUAUCUGGUUGCCUGCAAUUACUAAUGGCAUGCUUACGCUUAGAAAUGCGCAAGGUAAGACUUACGCAAGGUACGCAGGCUAUGCGAAGGUUACUGGAAAUUUUAAGAUUUCUAAGUGUACUUGUAGAUUUUAUCUCGAUACCAGUCACUGUGGGCUUUACUUCAGCAACAUCCGUCAUAAUUGUUGCUUCGCAAUUGAAAGGAUUGUUAGGUUUAAAAAUUUCAUCUCAAGGAUUUGUGGAUACUUUAAUUAAAGUUUUUCAAAAUAUUGAUAAUAUGAGUCUCUGGGAUACUGGGAUGAGUAUCUCUUGCAUCGCAAUUCUAUUGUUGUUUAGAAAAAUGAAGGAUGUUAAAUUACAUGUCAUUAGUAAGAAGUCAGUGAAUUAUCAACGUAUAAUUGCGAAAGCAAUAUGGCUGAUCUCUACGGCGCGGAACGCCAUUGUCGUUGUCACUUGCUCGGUUAUUGCUUACAAAUAUGAUUCGUCCGAAUUUGGAUCUCCGUUUAUUCUAACAGGUCCAGUGAGAUCUGGUCUUCCACCAUUCGGCCUGCCACCUUUUUCCACACAAGUAAAUAAUCAGACUCUUACCUUCACGCAAAUGUGUUCUGAAUUGGGUACUUCUAUAAUAUUAGUGCCGAUAAUAGCUGUGCUCGGUAAUGUAGCCAUAGCUAAGGCCUUUAUGAAUGAAGGUAAAGUUGAUGCUUCCCAAGAACUUUUGACACUCGGAAUCUGUAACGUUCUUGGGUCCUGCGCGAGUUCUAUGCCAGUUACAGGAUCGUUCAGUAGAUCAGCAGUAAAUCAUGCGAGUGGUGUGAAGACGCCAAUGGGUGGAUUAUAUACUGGAAUUUUGAUUUUACUGGCCCUUAGGCUACUCACGCCAUAUUUCUAUUUCAUUCCAAAAGCUUCAUUAUCGGCCGUGAUCAUUUGCGCGGUAAUAUACAUGAUAGAAUACGAGGUGGUGAAACUGAUGUGGAAAUCGAGCAAAAAGGAUCUCAUACCGAUGUUUGUUACUUUUUUGUUUUGUCUCAUCAUUGGUGUAGAAUAUGGUAUUUUAUCGGGGGUUGCUAUAAAUUUGAUGUUCCUAUUGUAUCCUUCCGCAAGACCUACAGUUCACGUCGACAAAUACACGACUGAUUGUGGUGCAGAAUACUUACUGGUUACUCCAGGAAACAGUUUAUAUUUCCCAGCUGUCGAUUUUAUAAAGAAAUCAGUCGGUAAUGCUGGUAUAAAGCAAGGAUCUAGUCAAAUACCGGUUGUUGUUGAUUGCAGAUACAUUUUAGGGGCAGAUUUUACAGCUGCUAAGGGUAUGAAAACAUUGAUCAAUGAAUUUAGUAAUCGUAAACAGGGAUUGUAUUUUUACAAUCCAAGAUUGGAUGUGGUUACUGUUUUGAAAGGUGCCUGUGGCGAUGAAUUCCAAUACGUUUCGACUCAAGAAGAGCUCUCUUAUCUAUUAUCAACUGUUCAAGACAAAUCUUCGCAACAACUUCUUGAGCAAACACAUGACAAAUUACAUUCAUCGUUAACGUUAAAUAAUUCGGAAAUGAUUCACAGAAAUGCGCGUGGUUCCUGCCAUGAACUUAGUGAGGUGACAAGUACACUUUUACACGCAACUGCAAGUUGAAAUUGAAUUUCAUUUUUAUAUUAAUAAAAAACAAAGUUUAUUAAACAGUAUGUUACAUACAAUUUUUAUUUAAAUGAUAUUAAGCACACAAAACAAUAAAUUAAAAGCGACAUAGAAAUAAAGAA